AUGGAGACCAGCACCAUGGAUCUCUCUAGACUCACCCGCCCGGCAAUACUUUGCCAGUGUUCGCGAUGCUUAAGCUCUCUAGCAGUUCUUGAGAACGAAUGGGUGAAACUGUCGAACUCAUAUUCGGUUGUUUCUGGCUGGCUUAGCAUCCAACUUCACCGUCUCGCAAUUUCCAGCGAAAAGAAGCAGAUUCCGCAGUCGUCCGAGUUAAGCAUACGUGGUCGCAUUGUUCAGGAGAUAGGAUGUAAACUUUGCCAACAGAAACUGGGGGUCCUGUGCGCUCUGGACAAUGGCCCGAAUGUCUUCUGGAAGUUAUCGAAAGUCUCGUUACUCGAGAUCGUCACGAUGCGCACGGUAGAGCCGACAUUCAAAGACGGAGAUAGAGUGCUCGAGGAUCUUUUGUUUCCCAGACCCAAAACACUGGGAGUGGAUGGGGCAUCCUCUCAUGCAGGGGCUUUAGUGGCAAUGAACGCCGGUGAAGUCGACAACUACGAUGUGUCUGUAGAGCAUCAGAUCCAGCGGCAAGGUCUAAGCCUCGAUCAUAUUUCCAGCUCUGUUAGCAAUCUGCACGAUACGAUGCACGAGUUGAAAAAUGCCUUUACUUCUAUGCGUAUCGAAUUGAAUGGCCCGAGUCGUUUUCCGAACGAGCAUGAUCUUGCGAAUUCCGAUUUCAACAUGGUGACAACAGUGCUGAAAGAACUGAAAUCGAAGGCGGAUGAGAUCGAGAAACUGAAGCUCGAGAUUGAGGCCUUGAAAUUCCGCAAUCGUUAUGUGGAGGAACACACGAGACAGGCGCUCCCAACUUUGACCGUUGAAGCACCACUUCCAGAAGUCGCAACUCCGGGACUCCUUAGGGAGGGCAGGAAACGACCCUUCCCCUUUCCAGAUCACUACCAGGGUGGCCGUGAAAGGCCUGUUGCGGAUUCUUUUGAUGAUGAUGGCGAUGAAGAAGACAGCAUGAUCAAUUUCUCUUUGGGGGAGACUGACAUGCCCUCUGUUAAAAUUCCACUAAAGGGCAAUGGAACAACAGCGGAACCAACGCCUGAUCCUACGUCUUCAAGGUCUCCCAGGCUUCAGAUUGAAGUUAACAACCAAAUGAAUGAGACCCCGCAGUCUCUCUCGCUAGAUCAACCCUCAUCGAAACGACCGCGUCUCUCGUCAAGUGGGAACUCGGGCCCCAACAAGAGGGCCAGAGGCCGUCCUCCUCGGAAGUCAAUCAGUCAGACCACGCAACCUGCCUCAGUUUCAAAUUCGAAGCCGGCCUCGGUGCCCGAGCAAGAUAGCAACCCUCAACACUCUACUCCAAGCAGCCACCAGGGGACUCUGGAUACCCGCCCAGCGCGGUCUAGCAGUCUGCGCAGCCGCUCGCGAGCCCGAUCGCCAAAUUCAAGAAACAGAUUGUCCACAGACAACCCACAGCAAAACAAAAACACUUCAACGGACAGCAGAAACCAGCCCACGGUCGAACUAGACAAAGAAAACCCUCAUGUCGAAGUCCAUGAAUCACAACAUAAUGGUGGGAAAGUGUCCAGGGUUGAAAUGAACGAGAAACGUAAGACGCAGACCGCAACGCGAGAUAACUUGGCAAAGCUAGCCAUGCAGCGCGAAGAAGCUAUGGAUACCGGGGAUAUCCGAUAG